AUGGCUUCAUCUUCGUCUCCCGCCUGGGACCCUUCUUCUUGGCGCUCAAAGCCCAUCAAGCAGUCGCCAAACUACCCCGACCCAGAGCCUGUCGCCAAAGCAGUCCAAGAACUCGCCGAACUUCCUCCUCUGGUGCACCCGCAUGAGAUCAUCGCCUUGAAGGCUCAUCUUCGCGAUGUUGCGCAGGGUAACGCCUUUCUCCUCCAGGGCGGCGAUUGCGCUGAGCUCUUUGACUACUGUCGCCAGGGUCCAAUUGAGAGCAAGAUCAAGCUACUGCUGCAAAUGAGUGUCGUUCUAAUUUGGGGAACUAACAAGCGAGUUGUGCGCAUUGGUCGUAUGGCUGGACAGUAUGCGAAGCCGCGAUCGAGUCCUACUGAGAUAGUCGAUGGAAAGGAGGUCCCCAGUUUCAAGGGCGACAUCAUCAAUGGUUUCCGCCUUGAGGAUCGCGCGAUUGAUCCUAACCGUCUUGUCAAGGCCUACCACCACUCUGCUGCGACUCUCAACUACAUCCGUGCUGCUCUUGCCUCGGGUAUCGCUGAUCUUCACCGGCCUCUUGACUGGGGCUUGGGCCAUGUCCGGGAUCCUGAGCUCAAGGAGAAGUACUCGGCUAUUGCUUCGAGCAUUCAACAGACACUGCGCUUCCUCCAGGUUAUCAACGCCCGACCUGGUGAGCUGGACUCUGUUGAGCUCUUCACCAGUCACGAGGGUCUCCUACUUGACUAUGAGCAGCCUUUGACUCGUCUACUUGAAAAGCCUACAGCCCGCACCUCAAGCCCCACUCCCCCAGGUGACGACAGUGAGAAGAAGGAGUACUACGAUACAUCUGCACACUUCAUCUGGAUCGGUGAUCGUACACGCCAAAUCGACCACGCCCACGUCGAGUUCUUCCGCGGCAUUGCCAACCCCAUUGGUGUCAAGGUCGGUCCUACAACACCAGCCUCGGACCUCCUGUCCCUCCUCCGUACCCUCAACCCUUCUUGCGAGCCUGGCAAGAUCACUCUCAUCACACGUUACGGCGCCGGCAAAGUGCGCGAGCUUCUCCCUACACACAUCCGCGCUGUCGAGGACUCAGAGUACCGCCGCACAGUUGUCUGGCAAUGUGACCCCAUGCACGGCAACACACUGUCCACGCCUACAGGCAUCAAGACCCGCCGUUUCGGCGACAUCUACCGCGAGCUUCAGGAGACGCUAGCCAUCCACAAGGAGGAGGGAAGCAACCUUGGUGGUAUGCACCUCGAGCUCACUGGUGACGCUGUUACAGAGUGCUUGGGUGGCAGCGAAGACUUGGGCGAGGAUGAUCUGUCGACCAACUACACGAGUUUCUGCGACCCUAGGCUCAAUGAGAAGCAGGCUCUUGAGCUGGCUUUCUUAGUGGCGGAUCACUUCUCAAGAGAACACCAGAGGGGUUGA